AUGGCUUUUCGACGUCCUAUGAUGCUGUCUUCGGCAGCAUCGUCUGCACCCUUCCUUUCGACAGCGAGCAAAACUUCCCGAGUGGCCGCUUCUCUGCCCCGGUUCACCUCAUGCAGAGCUUCAUCCAGUUCCACUUCGGCUCUGGCCUAUAAGGCAUUGCAUCGCCGAUCGCCUCUUCCUUUGCCUGUCUCCGAUGCCUCGCGUCAAAUGGAUGCUCCCACUGCCGUCACGUCCAUCCUUUACGAGACUCCCGUGGUGCCUACCAACCCCCCGAAGCGCCAUGUCCUGAACUGCCUCGUGCAGAACGAGCCUGGUGUGCUCUCGCGUGUCUCCGGAAUCUUGGCUGCUCGUGGUUUCAACAUCGACAGCUUGGUCGUCUGCAACACUGAGGUCGAGGACCUGUCCCGUAUGACCAUUGUGCUGCAAGGUCAGGAUGGUGUCGUGGAGCAGGCCCGCCGUCAAUUGGACGACCUGGUCCCCGUCUGGGCUGUCCUUGACUACACUGAGUCGGCUCUGGUUCAGCGUGAACUUUUGCUGGCCAAGGUCAGCAUUCUGGGUCCCGAGUUCUUCGAGGAGUUGCUGCAGCACCACCGCGAGAUCACCACCCCCGGAGAAAGCCUGGAUGGACAAGACAAGGCCGGACAGGCAAGCAAGAAGACCGAGUUCCACCCUCGUCACUUACCCCAGAGCCAAGCCCUGAGACACAAGCACGAGCAUCUCGAUGCCAUCACUCGCCUGACUCACCAGUUUGGUGGUAAGGUUCUGGAUAUCAGCACCAACAACUGCAUCGUUGAAAUUUCCGCCAAGCCUCACCGUAUCGAUUCCUUCAUGAAGCUGAUCGCACCAUUCGGUAUCCUCGAGUCCACCCGAACCGGUCUCAUGGCUCUCCCCCGUUCUCCUCUCUCCGAGCCCAACGAGGAGGUCGAGAAGGAGGCCUCCGACGUGGUUGAUGUUAGCACUCUUCCUCCCGGCUAA